ACAUCGGGCAGGACUCCAGGCAGAGGCACAUCGGGCAGGACUCCAGGCAGAGGCACAUCGGGCAGGACUCCAGGCAGAGGCACAUCGGGCAGGACUCCGGGCAGAGGCACAUCGGGCAGGACUCCGGGCAGAGGCACAUCGGAUUACCAGGCGAAGCAGCAGGCAGCGGGCCACCAGGCGGGGCUACAGGCACCGGGCCCCGGGCGGAGCAGCAGGCACCGGGCCCCCGGGCGGAGCAGCAGGCACCGGGCCCCCGGGCGGAGCAGCAGGCACCGGGCCCCCGGGCGGAGCAGCAGGCACCGGGCCCCCGGGCGGGGCAGCAGGCACCGGGCCCCCGGGCGGGGCAGCAGGCACCGGGCCCCCGGGCGGGGCGACAGGCACCGGGCCCCGGGCGGAGCAGCAGGCACCGGGCCCCCGGGCGGAGCAGCAGGCACCGGGCCAUCAGGUACCGGAUUGUCUGGCUCGACAGCGGGCAUCGGGUCAUCAGGCAUCAGGUCAUUUGGCUUGCCAGCGGGCACCGCGUCAUCUGGCAAGGCAGUGGGCACCGAGUCACCAGGU